GGGGCGAGAGACAGGGGCGCAAGCCCAGCCUCGCAGUCCAGGAGCCCUUCCCGGCUGGGGUGGAGAGGAAGAAGAGAGGGCUUGCAGCAUCCGCCGCCUGCUCGCCAGCGUUGUUCUUAUUCAUCGCCUCUCCCGUUGCGCCCCAUGCCUGUUCUGUCAGUUUCGUUUUAGGAACUGAAUUGAAGGGGCUGAAGAAAAAUGGGGCGAGCCGUGCCUCAGACUCUCCUGCUUUUGGUGGCGGGUCUUUUGGGGGAGUCUUUGGGAGGAUUUCCAAACACCAUCAGCAUAGGUGGACUUUUCAUGAGAAAUACUGUUCAGGAACACAGUGCAUUUCGAUUUGCUGUGCAGUUAUACAACACAAACCAAAAUAUCACAGAAAAGCCCUUCCAUUUGAACUAUCAUGUAGACCAUUUGGACUCCUCCAACAGUUUUUCGGUGACUAAUGCUUUUUGUUCACAGUUUUCUAGAGGAGUUUAUGCCAUCUUUGGAUUCUAUGACCAGAUGUCCAUGAACACACUGACAUCAUUUUGUGGAGCUCUGCACACUUCCUUUGUCACACCCAGCUUCCCAGCAGAUGCAGAUGUGCAGUUUGUCAUUCAGAUGCGGCCAGCGUUAAAAGGAGCCAUCCUGAGUCUUCUGACUCAUUACAAAUGGGAAAAGUUUGUAUACCUCUACGAUACAGAAAGAGGAUUUUCCAUUCUUCAGGCAAUUAUGGAAGCAGCGGUACAAAACAACUGGCAAGUCACGGCCAGGUCUGUGGGAAGUAUAAAGGACGUUCAGGAAUUUAGGAGAAUUAUAGAGGAAAUGGACAGACGACAGGAAAAAAGAUACUUAAUCGACUGUGAAGUAGAGAGAAUAAACACAAUUUUGGAACAGGUUGUAAUCCUUGGUAAACAUUCCAGAGGUUAUCACUACAUGCUAGCUAACCUGGGUUUUACAGAUAUUAUGCUGGAGAGAGUAAUGCAUGGAGGCGCCAAUGUUACUGGAUUUCAGAUUGUUAACAAUGAAAACCCAAUGGUUCAACAGUUUCUACAACGCUGGAUUAGACUGGAUGAAAGGGAAUUCCCUGAAGCCAAGAACUCUCCAUUAAAGUAUACUUCUGCCCUGACCCAUGAUGCAAUACUAGUCAUAGCAGAGGCUUUCCGCUACCUCCGAAGACAGCGUGUUGAUGUUUCCAGGAGAGGUAGUGCUGGAGACUGCCUAGCAAACCCUGCAGUGCCCUGGAGCCAAGGAAUCGAUAUAGAAAGAGCACUGAAAAUGGUACAAGUCCAAGGAAUGACUGGAAAUAUCCAGUUUGACACCUAUGGACGCAGAACAAAUUACACAAUUGAUGUGUAUGAAACGAAAGCUACUGGAUCACGGAAGGCUGGUUACUGGAAUGAAUAUGAAAGAUUUGUGCCAGCAUUAGACCAGCAAGUGUCUAAUGACACUUCAUCUGUGGAGAAUAGAACAAUAGUAGUCACUACCAUCCUGGAAUCGCCCUAUGUAAUGUAUAAGAAAAACCAUGAACAACUAGAAGGGAAUGAGAGAUAUGAAGGAUAUUGUGUAGACUUAGCUUAUGAAAUAGCAAAACAUGUUGGAAUAAAAUACAAACUGUCAAUUGUUGGAGAUGGGAAAUACGGAGCUAGGGACCCUGAGUCUAAGAUAUGGAAUGGCAUGGUGGGUGAACUAGUCUAUGGGAGAGCAGACAUAGCUGUUGCUCCACUCACCAUAACCUUGGUACGAGAAGAAGUCAUAGACUUUUCAAAACCUUUUAUGAGUCUGGGCAUCUCCAUCAUGAUCAAGAAGCCUCAGAAAUCUAAACCUGGCGUAUUUUCCUUUCUGGAUCCUUUGGCUUAUGAAAUUUGGAUGUGUAUAGUCUUUGCUUACAUUGGAGUCAGCGUAGUUCUUUUCCUAGUCAGCAGAUUCAGUCCUUAUGAAUGGCAUUUGGAAGACAACAAUGAAGAACCGCGUGACCCCCAGAACCCUCCCGACCCUCCAAAUGAGUUUGGAAUAUUUAACAGCCUUUGGUUUUCCCUGGGUGCCUUUAUGCAGCAAGGAUGCGAUAUUUCUCCAAGAUCUCUCUCAGGACGAAUUGUCGGAGGAGUCUGGUGGUUCUUCACACUCAUCAUCAUCUCUUCUUACACUGCCAACCUUGCUGCCUUCCUUACUGUGGAAAGGAUGGUCUCUCCCAUAGAAAGUGCAGAGGAUCUGGCGAAGCAAACUGAAAUAGCCUAUGGAACCUUGGAUUCAGGCUCAACCAAAGAAUUUUUUAGAAGGUCGAAAAUAGCGGUCUAUGAGAAAAUGUGGUCGUAUAUGAAGUCAGCAGAGCCAUCUGUAUUUACCAAAACAACAGCUGACGGGGUCGCUAGAGUGCGGAAGUCAAAGGGAAAGUUUGCCUUCCUCCUUGAAUCGACCAUGAACGAGUAUAUCGAGCAGCGAAAGCCAUGUGACACAAUGAAAGUUGGUGGGAACCUGGAUUCCAAAGGCUAUGGUGUAGCAACUCCAAAAGGCUCAGCAUUAAGGAGGAAAUAUUUGGGGAAAGAUAGAAGCUAUCGCAACAAGGAACAGAUGCAAGGUGUAUCAUGGAAUGAGAUAUGCAUGUGUCAUUGACUUAUGGUGCAAUAUGAUGGAGCUUACUCACUCAUGACAGCUUUUUCUACCAGCUAAGCUAAUGGAAAAGCUCUGUUAGCUUACCGGGUAGAGGCCCAAGCCUUGGGGAAUAGGUGUCCUGAGUCUGUAAUCAGAUACUUCCUGCUGGUAUUUUAGUUUCUGUGUGUGUGAACUGUAUAUAGGCUUGAAUCAUUACAGAUUGAUGGUGCCGUGGUCUUAGACUGAGCUCCUCUGACUUCCUGAUAUUCUGUUGUGCUCAAGAUAUGGGGUGAGUAUGUGACCCAUUUGCUUGUGUCUGUGUGUGCUGUUCCCCAUUACUGGACUACAAAGAACCUAGUCACAUAGAAAAAUUGGUUCCGUAGAUGCUUGUCUUCCUCCCCUUAGUUUGUCACGUGUACUUUAAGGUCAGAUGGUUCCGAGUUUUAAUCAUCCCUCCUCUGGAUACUGUAUGUUCAUUGCCAUCAGACAAUUACAUUCUAAGACUAAAGGAACCCCAAUGACAAAUAAAUCCUAUGAUGUUAAGGAUUUUAAGUCUCACAACUGAAAAGAAACAUGGAGAUUUUCCUGCUAUUAGAUUCCACUAAACAAAUUGGUAUUAUAAGGUUUAUCAUUGUUACGUCCAAAAAUAGAUGUUCCCCUUUUAUUUUAAAACUGAAAAGAUUGUAUUUCUAUUGUGAAAUAAUUAUAGGGAGCCAGAUCCUAGCUGGUAUAAAUCGCCAUACUGCCACUGAAGUCAGUUAACACCAGCUACAAUAAUUAACAUCAGCUAAAGAUCUGGUCCACAAAGUCUCAGAGGCUGCCAGUAUUUCACUGGGAAUGGUACUUAUCAAAUUCCAGCAGACACAAUUUAUUCCAUCAGACUAAAAGGAGGUUUUGGCAUAUCCAUCUGUGGUUUCUGUACGAUAGUGUGCAUAUGCUUAUUUAAACACUGCUGACAUGCUGGUAUGCAUAUCAUAAUUCAUUCGCUUAUCUUUCUUAAAUGCAAAACAAUUAAUUGAACCCAUAGAGAUUCUUGGCAAAAUUGUACAGUAUAUUGUAUCCAGAUACCCUUAUUUGAGUGAGCUGACUUCUUAAUUGUUUGAGAAUCUGUAAUAGUACUUAGAAAAGCAUAUGCCAGGAAAUUUGUUACUGAAUACUGUCAGUUUUAGGCCCAGUUAUUUUAUUAUACAAGCAUGUCCCCUCAAACCUGAGCAAUUACUGAGCAGGGAUUUAACCAGAAAUAUGCAAGACAUUAUACAAAUAAAGAUAGCAGGAUGAGUGGAUAAGUUAUAUUAAUUAGUUGUAUGAGAAAAAAUUUCUGUUAAGAUAUAUUUCUGUAAUUCUAUAGUUGAUUCGUUUCUGGUCUUCCCUUAUCUUGAUGGUAGCAUUUAAUGACCGCUAACUUAAAAGUAAAUUGUGUGUGUGUGUUUAGUCUUGAAGUCAAUUCCACGUAUAUAGAUUCCUUGCUAAUUAUUUGACUGAAUUUCUGUAUCAACAAUGGUGUUUUUCAAAAAAAGACAUUGAAGUAAUGCAAGAUGCUCCGGUAUUUAAUUUCCCAGCCUUUUUGUUAAUCAUAAAAUUAAAUUUGUAGGGUUCAAGCCCAAGGGGUUUCCAUUUUAUACAAGUUUACAGUUCAGUUCAAUGGCUCUCAGCACCUCCACUAUAAAAAUUGUUCCAGCACUCCUAAGCUAAAUUCUGUCCUUGGAUCCGUGCAGCACAUAUUGUCUUCAGCGAGACAUAUUCAUGCACAUCUGAGAGCAGAAUUUGGCCUUAAGCAGAAUGAAUUUGUUCCCCCGGUUUCUCUGUAUCAGUUUGCU